AAUGUGAUUCACGGUCAUCUUGAUGUAGUACUCUGAAUGAACUAGCUGGAUGAAUUAGCCAACAUCAAUAAUGGCAGCUGUGGGGGAGAAUGAGGUCCCAGUUGUUAAGGACCUUGACUCUCUCGCUGUCCAGUUUGGUCAGUCCUUGCUCGAGUCAGAUCUGAAGGCGUACAACGACGACAGCUCCAACACUGGCAAUUAUGACGUCGAAGAUGAGACGCCGACUGGGCCCGGUCCUCGUAUUGAUUUUAAAGAUCUGCAUUUUGAUAAAUCUGAUAAUGAAAUUAAAAAGGAGGAAAGUGAUGUUUCCAUGGACGUCCCUAGUAGUAGUCAACAGACGGGAUCGAAACAAAAAGUGUACAGAUGUGAGGAUUGUGGGCAGUGUUAUCUUAAGUCUAGUUCAUUCAGUAAUCAUAGACUGGCUCACCAUCCGUCUGUCUGUACACACUGUGGUCGGCGUUUUAGUUUACCAUCAAGUCUAGAGGCACAUCUACAGCUAGAGUGUGGUCGCAAGAAAGAGUCCUCCGGACUAGAGUGCCAUAUAUGUCAUAAAGUCAUGAGUACAAAAAAGAUUCUCAACAGGCAUUUAAGACUGCAUACAAAUUCUGGUAACUUUACCUGCCAUUUGUGUUCAAAGUCUUUUGGUAUGAAAAGUAGUCUAGAAUUUCAUAUGAAAACUCAUGACGUUACAAAACCAUACAAAUGUAACCUUUGUCAUACAACUUUUACAGAAAAAUCUACGGCUAUACGGCAUGUAAAGAAACAACACACUGAAGUCAAUUAUAAUUCUUUUAUAGAAAAUACCUUACAACCUGCAAAUCCUGUAGAGCUAGCAAACAAGAUUGAUAUUAAGUUACUUGGAGGUGCAGGAAUGAAUCAUUCACAAAACUCGCUGAAUAAUACAGCAAAAGAUACUACAGGUGUCAAGAGCUCAUCUCUAUCUCUGAAAUCUCUACUUGAACAACCAAUGAUUAAGAUGUUAGAAUCUGAAAACCUGCUGGGUAAAAAGGUAGAAGAAAGUCUUAAGAAUUCAGCUGAGUUCAAAGAUAAGAUAAAGCAAGAAAAUGAUACGUAUAGUGGAUAUGAAAAUGAUAACAACUUCUCUGACGACGAUGAAAAUGACAAUAGUGCACAGCAAGGGGACUAUUUUAAAAUAUACAAUUGUAAACUAUGUGACAAAUCUUACCAUCAUUCAAGUUCUCUUAAUAAACAUAUGAAAAAGCACGAUUCAUCUAAAUUUGUUACAUGCUAUAUCUGCAAGAAGGUGUGUGUAAGCGAAGAAGAUUUUCAGAUUCACUUUACAUUGCAUUCUUCAACCAAAACCUAUGUUUGUCCAUUGUGUGGCGCGAAAAUUGCCAGAAGAUCAAGUGUUUUACGUCAUAUUAGGAAAACGCACAAAUAUUCAAACCAGGCUGCUAGGGACUUACUGAACCAGUAUCUAGCUUCCCUAGAUAUAUCUGAAAGAGUAAAGUCUGAACCCGGAACCGUACAUGAAGACUCUAUAGACGAAGCAAUAAAAUCAGAAACCGAUGUUAACUCCGAAGCUGUUGAUCAUGAGCCGAUUGCUGACGACAAAAAGCCAGUUAACAAUGUUGAACAGUUUGAACAUUUUACAUGUAGUGUCUGUGAACAGAUAUUUUUAGAGAAUGCCAAGUUGACAAUGCAUUUGCUGACUGUUCAUAAGUUAAGUGAAGAAGAAGCUUUAGUUAGUUCAGGUCUGAUAAUAAAUGAUGGCGCAAGUAAGAAAGAUAAACCAGAUCAUUUUACAUGCAGUUUAUGUCAGCAAAUAUUUCUAGAAAAAGAAGAAUGGAAAAACCAUCUGUGUGAUCUCCAUGGACUAAGUAGAGAGGAAGCUGAAACAUGUAUUCAGUUAGAAUCAGGAGAACAUAGUCAAAUAGAGGAGUCAAAUGAUGUUAGUGGUAGAUUACGUUCUAGAUCUGAAAAUAACGAACUAAAGUCAAACCUAUUUGACACACCUUUGAGUGUCACAGUUGAAAAAGAUAGUAAAGGGGUACAGAAAGUUAUUAAAGUGAUGCCUGAGGUACCAGUUAAUGGUGCUGGUACUAAAAGCGACGCAUUUAAACCAUACAGUUGUAGUAUGUGCGGAACCAGGUUUGUUGAGAAAUCAAGUGUACGACGGCAUUUAAAGAGAACACACAAGUUUUCACCAGAGGAGGCUAGAGAGUACAUGAUUAGAGCUGAUUACACAAAAGACUCAAAUGUCACAAAUAAAAUAGUGUCUUUCCCUCAAACGUACACCCCUAUGAAGAAUGAAGUAAAUGACAGUUUACAGGAAAGUCUAGAUAAUGAUGCAAGUUAUAUGGAAGACGAAGAUAAGGAAGAUCAGAAUCACCCGAGUCAGAGAACCUUUCUUUGUAGUAUCUGUAAACGAAGGUUUAUGCUACGGUCCAGUGUUCGCAGACAUUUACGUAAAAUCCACCACUUCACUCCAGAAGAGGCAAGAGAAUGUGAUAUUCUUGCUGAAGAAAACAAGGAUCAGGUAUACAGGAUAAGAAAACCAGUAGAUACUGAUAAAACCUCAUUAGAUACAUCCCCAUCAAUGGUAGAAAGGUCUGCUGCAGCCAAAGUUAAACAGAAGACUGACAUAUCUUGUAAAAUAUGCCAACAAAAAUUCAGUCAAAGAUUUGGUUUGAAACGUCAUUUGGUUAAUGUUCAUCGGUUGGAAGCAGCAGAGGUGGAAAGCUAUAUGGAAGAACAAAUGAAUGAGAUUGGUCCAAAUGUAAAUCAAACCUGUAGUUUGUGCUUUACUGUGUUUGAUAGUAGGCCUAAACUACGUGUUCAUUUGAUAAAGUUACAUAGACUGUCCGAGUUGGUUGCUGAUAGGAUUCUUAUUGGAGAAGAAAUGUCUGAUUAUACUGAAGGAAUUGAAGCAGGUGUUAUAAACUCUGGAGCAGAAAUGGACGUUUCUGAUGGCUUUGAAGAUACAUGUCAGUCUGGUGUUAUGUACCUGAAUAGUAAUGAAGAGGAAGUUGAAAAUUUUGAUGUAGAUGAUGAUUCUAAUGAAAUGAAACUAGGAAAUAAUAGUGAUGUGAUGUUUGGUUUGAAAGGUGAAAAAGAUCUGUUAGCAGAAAUGAACUUUGAAGCAAUUAAUCCUUGGGGUACUGACCUAAAAGCUGAUGAAAUGGAAACAGAUAAUCUUGGAAUGAGUGAGUCAGGAGCAAAUGCUGAUAUAGAUUUUAGUCUGAAUGAAGAGGAUAAAUUAAUGGACUCAAAUGAUGGACAAGAUUCAAUGAGUUUAAGUCUGAUUUCCCAAGAUGAAAAUGAUUCUGAAAAUAAGGUGGACAGUAUGAAAAGUCUUGUAGGUUUAACACAUGUCUCAGGACCUUCAUCGUUUCUCCAGAAAAGGAGUUAUGAUUGUCCAAUUUGUGGAAGGGUAAUGAGCGAUGCCAGUGCAAGGUCAAAGCAUAUACGCCGUCAUGAAGGUAGAGCAGGGUUUAAAUGUGGGUUGUGUGAUAAGAUAUUUCCACAGUUACGUCUUAUAGAAAGUCAUUUGAAAACACACUGUGGUUUUGGUGUGAAAUGUGGAAUAUGUUUCAUAUAUUGCGCAGAAAGGCAUGGUGCAAAACGACACAUUCACAGAAUACAUAACAUUGAACCUAAUACUGGAGAGUCUGAGAAGAAUAUCUUGUCUUGUACAUUAGAUGCACCAAAUGUACAAGACAAUAUGAAUAAUUAUACCGUGAUUGAUCUUUCAAAGCAAAAAGACAUUAUUGAAAUUGUACCAAAUACACUUCUAGGUAAAAAAUCUGACGUAGAAAAGUGGAAACUUGAAACUGAAGAGGCAAAAGCUAAAGAGAAAAUGGAGCUGAGAAAUAGUAUGGGUGAAAGUGAAGAAAUACCAAGUGUAAAAACUGAGGAAUUGCCAGCAAAUAUAAAACAAGAAGUUAAUACAAAUGAUUCAGGUGAUUUGAACGGCUCUGGAGAUACAAGGGACUCUAUUAACUUUGGAGAGUCAGUUUUAUCCAGUUUGAAAAAGAAACCCAAGAAAGCUACUAAAAUAGAUUCUGUGAUAAGUAGCUUACACAAAAAGCUGCUAACCAAGAGCAUAAAUGGAUCUGACACAGAUGACCAGUCUGAUAGCGGAAGUCAAACUGAAACUGAUUCACCAAAAUCAGUAUAUAGUGCUGAGAAUUGUUCUCCGUUGAAAAUAAAAUUGACCAAGAAGUUUACACCAGAAAGGUCGCCAAAGAAAGCUCAGAGCUCUGACAGCAUAAAUGAAAAUGAGAAUGAUGAUGAUGAUGAUUACAAUGAUGAGGGUGGUUCUGACUCGGAUCAAACUGUUGAUAUGAACUAUGAUGAUAAGUCAGAGGAUGUGAUAGAUGACAUGUCCAAAGACAAUGUUAAUGCUGAUGGUGAACCGGCUGAUUCUGACGUUGCCCGACUAGACCAGGAGUUAAUGAAAGCAUUUAUGCCCGAGUUUACAGCUGGUGGUAGUCUGGACAACCUUGAAUCACUGGAGAAAACAUUGAACUCUUUUAAAGGGAAAGAGACACCUACAAAACCUGCUCCUCAUCUAAACUGUUGGGAAUGUGGCAAAUCUUACUCGAACUAUAAAUCGUACAGAGAACAUCGUAGGAAGAAACAUCCACUGAGUUGUAACCUUUGCAGACAGGUGUUUGUCGAUGCAUUACUAUACCAAAGUCACAUGCAAGCUCAUACAGAAGGGAACAAAGUCCCUAGAAAUCAUGACUGCCCCGUGUGUGGUAAGGAAUUUAAAGACGCUAGUUCCAGGGCCAAACAUCUUAGACUUCAUACUGGGGAAAAACCAUACAGGUGUGAGAUAUGUGGUAAACGAUUCACUCAGACUGGUCACCUGGCCAGUCAUAUGAGAAUCCACAAUGGAGAAAAGCCGUUUGAUUGUAAACUGUGCGGGAAAUGGUUCACAGAGAAAUCCAGUGUGAAGCGCCAUCUACGUAAAAUGCAUUUUAACCAGUACAACAAAAAGUGUAGUGUAUGUGGUAUAAUCUCAAAAACCCGGGAAGAGCAUCGCGAUCAUCUAGUUACUCAUAAACUAAAGGUUUAUACUUGCCAGGUCUGUGCUAAAGAUUUCAUUGACUCUCGUGCUCUUAAAGUGCACGUGUUUAACGCACAUUCCCAGAUAACACAAUCGCUAAACCUGAAGGAGUAUCGCUGUCAGGAAUGUGAUAAACAAUUCUUCUCAACUAAAGGACUGAAAAACCAUCUCAAAACCCAUAAGAUCGAAGUUAAAAUGUUUAACUGUGAAAUAUGUAAUAAAUUAUUUUUCAAUGAAGCGUACAUGCAGAGCCACAUGAAGACGCACUCAACGAACAAGGAACGUUACUGUGAAAUAUGUCAUAAGCAUUUUAAUAGUGCUGCAUACUCAGCAUUCCAUAGAAAGCAGCACAUUCUAGAAAAACUUAACGAAGUUAUGGUUGCUAAGGAAACACAGGAAAAAGAAUCUGGUUCACAAACAAAUGUUGAACUUGAAGUUGGAAUAGAGACUGAGAAAGUUGAAACAGAGUCUGAAAUAGUGAACAAAAUUGAUAGAAAAACUGAACCAGGUCGUUUGAAAAAGGGAGAGGAAAAUGUUCUAGUCAGUAAUUCUGAUGUGAUGGAUUCUAACGAUGAAAUGGAUGAUGAUAACAAAAGUUUUGAAGUCAUUAGUGACACAAAUGUGAUGGACUUAAAGGAUAUACAAGCAGCUUUCACUGACCAUCUGAUUCGACUUCAACAUUUCAAAUUUUAUUCGUGCUUUUAUUUCUUUAAAGCAAAAGAUGCGGGCAUUGAUGAAAACGAUACUAGAGAACCAAAUAUGAUAAUUAAUUCAGAUAGUCGAAAUAACGCCUGGGUACAGAUGGAGAAUGGCGAAAAGAAAGCCCGAUGUUUCUCCAUGUACCGUUGUAAUGAAUGCCGGACAUUUAAGCUGAGAAAACGCGAGAUUAUGCGCCACUAUGAUUCUAUUCAUGGAGGACGCCUCAAUAUCCACUGUUCAACUUGUUCUGCAGUAUUCCCGACCAAAGUUUUGCUUCGUAUCCAUGAGAAGCGUGUGCACAAAUUCCAGCCAAAUCAAAUAUUGAAAUGUCAACUGUGCCAUAAAACAUUUGGUAACCUAGCAGCUUUUUAAGGGAAAAAUGAGAGAAGA